CACCCCGGGGAGGGACUAGUUCGCUCGUAUUUCUAAUGUAGGGACUGUCAUAAGGCUUCUCUAUCCGCCGAAUAGCAAGAGAAAUCCUCUCCUAAGAGGUUUACGUCAUGGAAGAUAGGCUACAUUUCCAUAUGCACUUCUCAUAAACACCAGUGAAUUAAAACAUUAACGGAGCUUUUUUUUUCUCAAACACGAAACCAUAUCAUUCCUCAAGACGCCGCGAGAUCACAUUUCCGACAUCUACGGUGAUAUGCAUUUAUGUAGGUCACUGAACUCGAGCCUACUUUACUCUGUGGCAUGACCUAAAACCCUGAAGUCCCCUGAAACCCAGCUACUGGACCUUAGCUCCAGGACUAGUGUGUCCUGAUCACAUCGACUACUCUCCCACCAGACCCUGUACCUCCCGAGACAAUGUGAAUGUGGACUGGGUUGUGGGUACUGAAUCCCAAAGGGGCCAGUCAGGAAGAGAACCAGACCUUCUGGCUGCUAUGGACUAUUGGAUUAACUCCUACUGAAUCCGGUCAGCUCUGCUUUUAAACUUCACAAUGGUGUUGUUUCUGAUUGCAACUACAAUAACCUUGAAUAACUCCUCUCGUGAGAACCAGACUUUAGAAAACCCUACCUCCCAGGGUGCCCAUGUCCUUCCCCCUACGCUGAUCUCUCUUCUUCUCAUCAUCAUCAUUCUCCUGAUUGUAUACUUCCUAAGGUUUAGAAACCACAGGAAGGCUCUUAUCUCUCAGAAGACUCCAAAUGGCUUCUUGGAAGAUCAAGGAGAGCAGACAGUGGUCCUCCUCCCACGAUCCCCCUCUCCAUCCAAGAGGUACUUCCCCAUCCCCCUGGACUUGCUGGAGGACGAGUUCCGAAUACGCUCGGCAGACGACUGCAAGCUUUUUAGAGAGGAGUUCAAUUCACUGACCUGUGGCUACCACCACGGCUCCUUUGAGGAGGCUAGCAGGGAGAUCAACAGGGACAAGAACAGGUAUCCAAACAUCCUACCAUAUGACCAUUCCAGAGUAUUGUUAACGCAAAUAGAUGGACAUUCUUGUACGGACUACAUAAAUGCCUCAUACAUAGAUGGUUAUAAAGAGAAGAACAAAUUAAUUGCAGCUCAAGGCCCAAUGCACGACACAGUGGCUGACUUCUGGCGGAUGAUUUGGGAACAGAAGACUGCUACUAUAGUGAUGCUCACUAACCUGAAAGAGAGAAAAGAGGACAAGUGUUACCAGUACUGGCCAGACCAGGGCUGUUGGAUGUAUGGGAGUGUGAGGGUGUCAGUGGAGGACUUUACUGUACUGGUGGACUACACCAUCCGCAAGUUCUGUGUACAAUAUCAGGGGAAUGAUGGCCCAAGGGCCCCCCGCUUAGUCACCCAGCUCCACUUCACCAGCUGGCCAGACUUUGGGGUGCCCUUCUCCCCUAUCGGCAUGCUCAAGUUCCUCAAGAAGGUGAAGACAGUCAACCCGUCCUAUGCAGGACCCAUCGUAGUGCACUGCAGUGCUGGGGUAGGUAGGACUGGGACGUUCAUCGUCAUAGACGGCAUGAUUGACAUGAUGCAUGUAGAGAAGAGGCUGGAUGUCUUUGGGUUUGUGACCAGAAUACGGGAGCAGCGUUCUCAGCUCGUCCAGACCGAUAUGCAGUACUCGUUCAUCUACCACGCUCUGCUGGAGUAUUAUAUGUAUGGGGACACAGAGCUGGAUGUGUCCUCUCUGGAAGGCCACCUGCAGAAACUCCACAACACCAGAACACCCCUUGACAAGCUGGGCCUAGAGGAAGAGUUCAGGAAACUGACCAAUGUACGCAUAAUGAAGGAGAACAUGAGGACUGGAAACCUUCCUGCAAACAUGAAGAAGAACCGUGUGCUUCAGAUUAUUCCAUAUGACUUCAACCGGGUUAUAUUAUCAAUGAAAAGGGGCCAAGAGUUCACGGACUACAUCAAUGCAUCAUUUAUUGAUGGAUACAGACAGAAGGACUACUUCAUCGCUACCCAGGGUCCCCAGUCUCACACGGUGGAGGAUUUUUGGAGGAUGGUGUGGGAGUACAGGUGUCACUCUAUCGUCAUGCUCACUGAACUCAAGGAGAGGGAACAGGACAAGUGUUUCCAGUACUGGCCAGCAGAGGGCACUGUGACAUUUGGAGACUACACUUUGGAGCUGAAGGGGGAUGCACUAUGUGACACUUUCACUCUGAAGGACAUGGUGAUCAGAUAUGGACCAGAAAAGCAGUCACGGCACGUCAGGCACUUUCAUUUCCACGGCUGGCCUGAGAUCGGAAUACCGACAGAGGGAAAGGGAAUGAUCGACAUCAUUGCUUCAGUGCAGAGACAGCAACAACAGUCUGGAAACCACCCUAUUAUAGUACACUGCAGUGCUGGUGCGGGUCGGACCGGUACAUUCAUCGCCCUGAGUAACAUUCUGGAGCGGGUGAAAGCAGAGGGCCUACUGGACGUGUUUCAGACUGUCAAGAGCUUACGCAUGAAGAGACCACACAUGGUUCAGACUGUGGAACAAUAUGACUUCUGCUACAGAGUGGUUCAAGAUUUUGUUGACAUUUUCUCAGACUAUGCCAAUUUUAAAUGACAAUAUCUGCUAUAUACCCAUGUAUAUUUCCACGUAGCAUAUGCAAUUUUGUCAGAACCUUCUUUUCUAAGCUCUUUCAAGCUCUUUUUACACUUUGCACUUACCCACAAUACUUAAACAUAUUGUACCAUAUUUUAUUAUACAGGUAACUGCCAAAAUAAGGAAAUGAGGGAUACAAAGUAUAUUGAAAGCAGGUGCAUCCACACAUGUGUGGUUACUGAGUUAAUUAAGCAAUUCACAUCCCAUCAUGUUUAGGGUCAUGUAUAUUCAUCCAUUGUUUUGGCUACCAUGGCUAUGCCCACGAUAGGAUGACAAUGCCCCCAUCCACAGGGCAUGAGUGGUCACUGAAUGGUUUGAUGAGCAUAAAAACAAUGUAAGCCUAAUGCUAUGGCCGUCUCAGUCACCAGAUCUCAACCCAAUUGAACUUAUGUGAGAUUCUAGAGCGGCACCUGAUACAGCGUUUUCCACCACCAUCAACAAAACGCCAAAUUAUGGAAUUUCUUGUGGAAGAAUGGUGUCGUUCCAGACACUUGUAGAAUCUAUGGCAAGGUGCAUUGAAGCUGUUCUGGUUCGUGGUGCCCAACACCCUAUUAAGACACUUUAUGUUGGUGUUUCCUUUAUUUUGGCAGUUACCUGUAUAUGUUUGCUUAUCUGUCUGUUUGUUAAAAAGAGCCCAAAUGAAAAUGGAUUAUUAUCUCUAUUUAGUCACGGACAUUUCAACUAGCUUUGUCUCCUCAGCAUUUGUAUGUCAAAUGUUUUGAAUUGAAAACGUAAGACCAAAACCGGCGUGAAGGGUUUAAUUGAAUAGGUUCUCGGACUCAAGACAAUACUGAAAAGUAUGUUAUUAUGUACAUACUGUGUGUAUUAAUUAAGUUAUGCAUAUAAUCUUUUUCUAUUUAUAUAAUGUAGAAUUCUAUGUACAUUUUGAGUUUUACUGAUAGUCUAUGUUGAAAAAAUGACCAUGAGAUUGCCUUUCGUUGCCUGUGGUCUGUACUGUAGACAUGGCACAUACUGUAGAACUCCUGCUGUUGUAAAAAAUACACAACCUGUCAUGAGAGUUUGUGACAAGUGACUUAACAAAUGAACAUUCAGUUUUUGGUGUGUAUGUUGUCUGUUUCAUCAUAACAGUCUAUUGAGUAUCCAAUGGAAAACAAUCCAUUUGGACAACUUUGAAUUGCCAUCUGUUUCAAACAGCAAUUUUGAUCUGACCUCACUAACAAAUGGCUGUUCAUAUGUACACGGUUGUAAUAACUUUUGUACAACUUUUUUUUUAAACUAUGUUGGACCUUCCAUUUCAGCAUUUGCAUGUUUGAAUGAAACAGUGCCAUACAAAGAUUAGAAAAAUGUUCUCAUCAAGUUCAAAUUGUCCCCAAGUGACUUCAACUUCAAUAUACAUAGCUAAGGCAGCGGAUUGUUUAAUGUUUCUCAAGACUAACCUAAAAAGGAAGAAGAUUUCAAUGAAAUGAGUUGAUUUUCAUGAUAUCCUUAUAGUGUAUAGAACAUGAUUGGGAUUAAAGCAAAUGAUUAUAAUGCUCAUAUACCCCCCAAAAUGUGUAUUGAAUGUAUAGAGUUCUCAAUUAGAAAAGUGUCAUUUAGAGCCAGGCAGCAAUUUUCCGCUUGGUAAGUAUUUAUAGCCACAGUGCUCUCAUACCACUAAAUAACUGGGUUAUUGAUAAUAGUAAUUGAUUUAUGGAAGUUUCAGGAAGAUAUUUUAUUGAAUUUCAUCGUGCUGUAGUUUACUGUGAAAUCUAUAUUUUAGCAAUGAUCAUAAAUAAAUAGAAUUUAAAUUCAAAUGACCUGGUUACCCAGUUAUUAAGUGUUAAGGCACUCCACAGGGCUAUCCUUCAUGCCAAAGGUACAUUUAUGGAUUCAUAGCCUGUUAGGUAAAGAUACAAGUGUAAGGAUUAUGUCUUCUUACAGAACAUUUAGAAUCAGUCUUGUGUACAGAGUAUGAAAUUGAGCCAUAAUGUAGCGCUCAAGCAUCUUGUUCCUGUAUAUCUCUUGUCAUAAGUCUGUAUGAAGUUAAAAUUUCAUUUGUAAAAUCUGUCCGCAAUAAAUGCAUUGAAAAUAAACAAAUUUGCCAUUAA